AUGAAAUAUCAAAAGUUAACCGCUUGGACAUUGUGCGUCUUAGUUUUAUGCUCAACAAUAGUACAUGCAGCUGCCUAUCCACAAAAUUCACAUGAUGAUGCAAGCGAAGGCUCCAGACGUUAUGCUGAAAAACCCAAUAAUGUAAAAAAAGUCGCGCUUGACGAUGUUGAUACAGACAUCCAAACAAAUCAAAUUUCCGACAAUCCAUUCUCAUGGACUAAUAUGUUAGGAAUGGUUAUGCAAAUGAUGUUUAAUAACAACGCCGUUGGACCAAAUAAGUCUGAUGAUUUAGAUGGAAAUAAUGGCCUUAGUAACUCACCAUGGGCCAACAUCAUUUCAAUUGGUCUUCGUAUAAUUACAACAUUACUAGGAGGCAACACAAAUGAUGGCAUUGACAAAGUAGAUAAUGGAGCUGCUGGUCCUAUGCAAAAUGUUCUUGCUGCCGUGUUUUCCGCCAUGUUCGGUGCAAAGGAUCCCGACCAAGUAAAUACCAUGGCUAAACAAGCAGGAGAGUUUAUCAACAUUGUUGUAAAUUUAUUGGACGCCCUCAAGACUUCAUUUUCUCAUCGGUCUCUUCAAGCUAGAUCUGUCGGACGAAAAGAUUCAAUGAGUGAUGCUGCUGUUGCCAGUCUUGCUAUGAUGAAGAGUUAUGCUAAAACUUACAAAAAUUCAGAUAAUUUGUGUAUGCAAAAAUACCUUUGUGAAGCCAAUACUGAAUGCGCUAAUGAUGUUGGCGGAAACAGUAUUUUCUGUCAACUUGGAACGUAUGCCACCAGUUUCAUAUUAGAACGUUCAUCACAUGUUACAUUUGAAUCAUUAUACGAAGCAGGACGACAAGGUAGACAAGGAAUUGAUUGUAAGCAAAUAUACCUGGAAUGCAAUGAAGUUUAA